AUGAAGUCGCUUCCCUUCUUUCCCGUGGCGGCGCUGUUGCUCACGGCGCAGAUGAUCCUCCCGGCCAAUGGUAUUCCCAAUUGUCCAUACCCGGGUCCGGCCUUCCCAAAACCAACAGCACUUGCCUCUUCCGAUAGAAUUAAAACAGCGAUCGCAAACCUGACGGCAACCUUUGACGCUCGGGGCAUGGACCCGAGCACGAACCCAAAUGGCACGUCGUGGUCGAUUCAAGUCUUCUCUGCGUCCGACUCAGAUGAAGACGAGCCCGUAUGGAGUCAUUACCAUACAGCAACAGAUUUGCUGGCAGCUGAUACCCCCGGUGUGAAAAGCAUCGACGGGAAUACCGUGUUCCGACUUGGUAGUGUCACAAAAAUUUUCACAAUUCUAACGUUCCUAAUCGAGGCUGGAGACACAUAUUGGAACACGCCCGUGACACAAUGGGUCCCAGAGCUUGAGUUGCUCGCCGGAAAGGCGCAAUACGACCCUAUUAUGAAUGUUGAUUGGGAUAGCAUCACGCUGCAAGACCUGGCAAGCCAUAUAGCGGGCAUCGUAAGAGAUUGGAUUCCCACCAGCGCCCAGGAACGAAACACCAAAUUUUUCUCCGGAUUAGCCGCCGUCCCUCCAUCUUUCUCGCCAUCAUGGACGGCAGGAUAUUCGAAUGCGGGAUAUCAAAUAUUAUCUUACGCUCUCGAAGCCAUCACUAAGAAGCGGUACGCAGAGAUGUUGCAGGCUGACAUUAUCGACAAGCUCGAACUCAAGAACACCUUCUACCAAAAGCCCGACGACAAGCUCGGUGUCAUCCCCCAGGGUCAAGAGGAUAAUUGGUCGUUUAGUAUCGGCGAGGCAAGCCCCACUGGGAACAUGUAUUCCUCGGUAGGCGACCUGUCGCGUCUCGGUCGGGCUAUCUUUCGACAUACGCUCUUACCGCCGGCGCAAACGCGGCGGUGGCUCAAGCCUACGGCGCUCACAUCUGACAUACACGAAGGGAUUAGUUCACCAUGGGGUAUCCGGCGUAUCCCGCUAAACGACGGCAGCCGAGUAGUCGAUGCGUACAGCAAAGCCGGUAGUAUCAACGUGUACAUGUCGCUUCUGGUGCUACUUCCCGAUUACGACGUCGGCAUCACAGCGCUGUUGGCCGGCGGCUGGCCUGGAAACUCCAACUGGGACAUCGCGGACGCGAUCGGUGCGAUACUCCUCCCCGCACUAGAGGAGACAGCGCGUGAACAGGCAGAUGCUUCGUAUGCGGGAACAUAUACAGCAGAUGAUGGCCUAAACAGCAGUUUGGUGCUAAGCACAGACCCGUCGCGCCCGGGCCUCGGAAUCGAACAGUGGAUCAGCAAUGGCACGGACAUGGUCCCGAUCGCGAUACGGUACACGCUGAAUUACAACGUGACGGGGCCUGCUAUUCGGCUCUACCCGACGGGAAUAGAGACGCAACCUCAGGGAGAACAAGGGACCAGGAAGAUAGCGUUUAAAGCUGUGAUUGAGAACCUCGACAUCAAGGACCAUAGCGGCGACAUGUUUUCGACGAAUUGCGGAACGUGGGUUGGCCAGACGACGGCCGUGUAUGCGGACAUGCCGCUAGACCAGUUUGUGUUUACGGUUUCGCGUGAUGGGAAGGCGGUUGGUGUUUUGCCGUUAGCAUUGAGGACGAUGUUGAAUAAGAAUGAAUGA